AUGCCGUCGGCCCGCAGCCGGCGACUCGCGCGGCUCCCGGUGCGGUUCCACCGCACAGUGAAAGUCAGGGCCUCCGGCACCGCCACAACUGGCUGCCCAACCUGCAAAAACAAUAGCAGCAACCGUGCUGCCUCCGGUGUGAGCAGCGCAGCGGCACGCCGCGUCAGUUCCUCGGCGGCACUAUCUUUGCUGACAUCGUCUCUGUUGGGUGUCGUCGCAUCGACGUCGGCUUCACCUCCUGGGCCCCGCUCAUCUUCGUUGGUGGCCUCUUUGGCGUUAUUGUCGCCGCUGGUCUGGGCAGGGGGCGCGCUCAUACCCGCCACAUCGCCCUCAGCUGUUGUUGCGGCGGUGGCAGUUGUGUUAUUGGAGGCAGGCACACCCAAGACGGAUCGGUCACCGCUCUUGCUGUGGCCACUGCUCUGGUGGCGGUGGUCGAACCUUCCACCCCGUCGCGGGGCGUCGCGCAGUUUCACCCCGUCCGGGAGCCGCCCGCCGUGGUACACCUCCAGCACGCGGCGUGUGAAGGCGAACUCGAUAUUCUCACGCGUGAAGUACACAUCAGGGCCGCCCACCGCGGGGGUGACGAAACCAAACCCCUUGCUGUGGCGGAACAAUGCGCUGCGGCCUUCGUAG